AUGAUGUGCCGUAAAAAGCGCGUGCGGCAUAAGGCGACGACGGCGCAAAGGGCGGUACGAUGCAGCAACCGCACACGUCACACCACUCCAACGCAUGGCAUUAUUGAAACGUUAGACAUGGCCUCAACUCAAGCGAUAUUAAACGCGAUCGACGGUCUCCGCCGCGAGAUCAACGGGCUCCGCCGCGAGAUCGACGGGCUCCGCCGCGAGAUGCACCAAAAUAUCAGCGGCCUCCGUCAGGACAUCGACGGCGUUGAUACUCGCCUUGGCGCGGUGGCUCUUCUGCAAGUUGGGUCCAAGGCCGACAGGGAAUCUUUGCACGACGACGUUGCCGAGAUCUGCGGCGAGCUCCAUCACGUCCACGAAAAGAUCGAUGCUGUUGCAGCUCAGCAUGCAGUGUUGUAG